AUGGCGUCGCGGACGCUGGCCAGAGCUGCUCGGGGGCUUCCGCCGUUAUCCCCUUUGGCCUUGAGAACCAUCGCGGUCACCGAUGCGGGCAGAUCCGGUGAAGCAGAAAGAGCCCUCAAACUGUUCGACGCAAUGCCUAGCAAGAACCAGGUGGCAUGGAACGCGGCGCUGCCGCGCUCGUGGACGCCGGUCGUACAGAGUGGGCGCUCUCCUUCUUCCAGUGAAGCAGAAAGAGCCCUCAAACUGUUCGACGCAAUGCCUAGCAAGAACCAGGUGGCAUGGAACGCGGCGCUGCCGCGCUCGUGGACGCCGGUCGUACAGACCAUGAUGUCGUGCCAUGUCCGCAAUGGUGAGCCCGGCGGAGCUCUUGAGCUAUUUGUGGUCCUCUACGGUGAGCUCUUUGCGCGCAAGGUUCUGCCCAACGCCCACUCCUUCAGCUCACUGCUCAAGGCAUGUGUUGCCCUCAGGUUGCUCUCUGUGGCGUCACAGCUCCACUCGUGCAUCGUCAAGCUCUUGGACGAGGGGAGCGAAGAUUGCAUCUUUGCUUGGAAUGCGUUGAUUGAUGUGCACGCAAAGCUGGGUGCACUGUCUGAUGCUGAGAAGGUGUUCCAUGGGAUGCGGUAUAAGAACAUCUCUUCCUGGAACAUCAUGAUGGGUGGAUACUCACUGCAUAAGCUCGGUGACAGGGCCCUUGAUCUCUCCAAAUCGAUGAUGAGAAAGGAUGCCGUCUCAUGGAGCAUCAUAAUAUCCUGCCUGUGGGAGAACCGCCGUGGAGAAGACGCACUCCGCCUCUUCAUCCAUCUGGUAAGAUUGGAAGGCCGCAGUGAUGGCCACGGCAAUGGCAAGCUGUGCAUGUCAACAUACACUACCGUUUUGCACAUCUGCUCAGUGCUGGCGUUGCUUGUUUUUGGGAGCCAUGCUGGAUUGGUCGCCGACGGGCUAGGCUACUUCCACUCCAUGAAUGAAAAGUAUGGAGUGGAGCGGACACUUGACCACUACUUCAAUGCUAUCGAUCUGCUCGGUCGUGCAGGGAGGCUAGAAGAGGCACAUUCCCUGCUUCAGAACAUGCCGCUCGCACCAACUGUGGUGGCGUAG